UCUUUCAGUCACGGUUAUGGCAGGUGGUAGGAUAUCGCUAAUGAUCGCAAGUUUGAGGUGGUCAAUGAUCCGUUCAAAAAUGGUAAGUUGUUGGAGCAGCGUCUGUAAUGAAAUUAGCAGCCAAGAGUUAUCAAAACUCGCGUGCCUUUAAUUUUACGCGGUAAGGUGCAGGGCUGUCACUAAGAGCCGGGGGCCGGGGACUCCUCCCGGCUGUUAUGAACGUGGCCCCCGGCUAGUCGCAUAGGAAAAUAGAAGAAAAAUAGAACCAAAUGAAAUCCCUAGCUGUUUAAUUCCUUGCCUACUAAUUAUUGUAUUUACCCGGCAACUUGAAAUCUUAGUCACAUCCCUGAAGGUGUGCUGGUAAUAGCUAAGGAAUGGACUUGCAGCAAGUCGACUGCGUUAGUGCCGAAGGCGCGAGCGAAGCAAGCGAACGAGAGCGGCGAAUCGCGAGACGAGCAAUGUAAGUUAAGAAACAAGUCGACUGCGUGAUUGCCGAAGGCGCGAGGGGACGCGCGAGCGUCGUACCUUGAGAAAUUCUGAGGUAAGGAACAGUCAGUGAGAGACAUCAGAAUAAUUAGGGCGCACGUUAACCAGUUUCAAAUCAGACCACGCUAACAUUACCACUAAAACAAGUGCUUAUCAACCCAGUCCAGACUUCUUUUGCUUAUCUUAUACCUUGGUUUGUUUCUAUUGCAGUCUCUCUGGAGUACAAGAACCGCUUUAUUGCGCGACGCUUUAAGGUUUGUUCCGCUGAUAUUGUUCCCAAUUUUGUGUUUAGACAUCAAAUAGGUUUUCAUCUUAAAUUUCUUUGGGUUUCAGGAAUAAAUGACCAGUGACUGUGUGAUAUUAAAUACCUGUACCUCAUUAACAAAGAUUGCUUUGGCAAUUGGUCAUAGGCAAUUAAGUAUUGAUCACUGGGGCAUACGGAACUCGCUGCAAUGAUUUGCUUGAGGUACCGACAAACAAUAGCUUCCUAAUGCCUAAUGCCCAAAGCAACCUUUCUUGCGUCAGGGAUAUCCCCAAAUCCUCAGUCUUAAGUCUGAGUUUUGAACCAUCAAAUUUAGCCCCCUUCCAGUGGUAUUUCUACAUUGUUUCCCCCUGUACAUCUUUUUUAUGCUAAUUCAAGCACUGGUAUGGUCAUAAUUGAAACUAGAAAUUCAGCUAAGGAAUUAGAAACCUAAAUUAAGCUCUUAGACUGGUUCGACAGAAGAAGACAGUGCGCACACUUAGUAAUACCGUCACAGUCCACAGCAUGUUCAUUGACGUUAUUGUAGCGCACUAGUGUGCUUUUCAUGUGUUGGCAUAGUUCACGCCUUGUGUUGGUUUGAGCAUCUCGCAAUUGAUCUCCGUGAAUGGCACCCUUGUGAAUUAUGUGCUGUUUUGUUUUGAGUUGUUAGAACAAGCGCUUGUAAUAGAAGAACAUCUGAGACGAGCCGAUACCAUGAAACUCAGGCAAGAUGCCAACCACCCUGCCAUGGCUUUAAAUGCAAGGUAAAAUAUCAAACCAAUCUGCAGGAACGGUGUUAGUACCUUUUUUGAGAACUGAGAUACGAUGUGCAGUCAUUUUUUGUGUUUGUUCGAUAGAUUUGCGGAACUGGAGUGCUUAGCGGAAAGUCACCAGCAUUUGUCCAAGGAGUCGUUAGCAGGAAACAAACUUGCCAAUGCUGUACUUCAUAAAGGUAAUCUUUCACACAGAACGUUUAGUAGCUUAUGGCUUCAAUAG